AUGUCUGUUUUUGUUUCUGGUGCUACCGGUUUUAUCGCCCAACAUAUCGUCUCUCAACUUUUAGAACAAAAUUACAAGGUUAUUGGUUCUGCCAGAUCACAAGCUAAAAUCGAUGCCUUAACAGCUCAAUUUGGUAACAAUCCAAAUCUAACAAUGGUUGUUGUUCCAGAUGUCGCCAAAUUAGAUGCCUUCCACGAUGCCUUUAAGACUUAUGGUAAAGACAUCAAAUAUGUCUUACAUACUGCUUCUCCAUUCCGUUUUGAUGUUACUGAUGUUGAGAAAGAAUUGUUGAUCCCAGCUAAGAAUGGUACUUUAGGUAUCUUAGAGUCCAUUAAAUUAUAUGCUGCUGAUACUGUUGAACGUGUCGUUGUCACUUCUUCUUUUGCUGCAAUUAUUGAUUUUAACAAGGUUAAUGAUAAAUCUUUUACAUUUAACGAAUCCCUGUGGAACCCAGAUACCUGGGAAUCAUCUCAAGCAAACCCAGUUGUAGGUUACUGUGGUUCUAAGAAGAUUGCUGAAGAAACUGCAUGGAAAUUUUUGGAAGAAAAUAAGGACGCUGUAAAGUUCAAAUUGUCUACUGUUAACCCAGUAUAUGUCUUUGGUCCACAAAACUUUGAUUCUGAUGUUAAGAACACAUUGAAUACAUCUUGUGAAUUAAUUAAUUCCGUAAUCAAGAAUGGUCCAGAUGCUGCUGUUUCUGAACUAGGUGGUCAAUUUAUUGAUGUCCGUGACGUUGCUAAGGCUCACCUAUAUGCUUUCCAAAAGGAAAACACCAUCGGUAAGAGAUUACUAAUGUCUAAUGGUGACUUCAACACUCAAGAUAUUUUGAACACUUUGAAUGCUGAUAUUACCUCUCUAAAGGGCAGAAUUCCAGUUGGUACUCCAAGUACUGGUGUUCUAGGUGGUCAAGCUGGUGCCUUAGUUGAUAAUACAAAGACUAAAGAAAUUUUGGGCUUCGAAUUUAUCAGUUUCAAACAAACCGUUGACGAUACAGCUUCCCAAAUUUUGAAAGUUGAAGGUAAGUUAUAA